AUGCGCUUUUCAUUACUAUCUACAAUUGCAUUCAUUUUUGCUUCUGGAACUCAAGCAUUGACGGCUUCAUCCAUUAAUGACUGCCCUACUUUAAAGCCAAGGUCAAGUCCUGCUACAAGUGUUUCUGAUCUUCGUCCUGACGAUAUUAAAGUAGUUUCCGCACUAGGUGAUAGUAUUAUGGCAGCAUUUGCAGCUGAGGGCAUUCAAGGCUCGUCUAUUAUUAACAUUUCUUCCAUUUAUGAAAAUCGUGGAAUUAGUUAUGGGGGUGGUGGUGAUCCAGGUGCAGUUACCCUUCCUAAUUUCAUUAAAAGAUAUAAUCCUAAAGUAAAAGGAGCCUCUGUUGGGGAUCAUUUAGCUGAAAUUUGUUAUGGCAUUAUCUGCCCUCCUUUCCAAUAUAGACCAUCAAAAGAUUUAUUAAAUGCUGCUCAAAGCGCUGCAAUGGCACCUAAUAUCGAUCAUCAACUUGAUUAUUUAAUUCCAGCUAUGAAACUUAUGCCUGGCAUCGAUUUCAAAAAUGAUUGGAAGCUUAUCAAUGUUCAAAUUGGUAGUAAUGAUCAAUGUGCUUCAUGUAUUGAUAGUGUAAUCCCUUUACUUACCCCUACCAAGUAUGGUGAACAUAUUACAAAUGCUGUUGAGCGUAUCAGAAAGAAUAUUCCUCGAGUUAUAGUGAAUCUUAUCGGUACAUUUAAUGUAACUGAAGUUUAUACAGUUACUGCAGAUCAAGAUUACUGCAAACCCUUCCAACAUACAGAUUUCAUUAUCAAUCAAGUUGAAUGCCCCUGUGCUAUUGAUAAGAGAUAUCGUAAAAAAAUGGAUGAAGUUUCUGUUGGUUAUACAAAACAGUUAGAGGCUAUUGCUAAAAAAUUCAAGGCUUUACAAACUGAUUCAUUUGGUGUUAUUUUUACACCCGCAAAUAUUAAAAUUGAUACUUUCCCUGUUAAAGCAUUAAGCAAUAUUGAUUGCUUCCAUCCAAGUACUUUAGGUCAUGAAUAUGUUGCCAAGUCCUUAUGGAAUACAUUAUUUGUGCCUUUAGCCAAUAAACCAAAGACUAUGACUUGGAAUUCAGCAUUAGAAGUUUAUUGCCCUAUUGAAGCUGACCGCUUUCAACUGGAUUAA